AUGUCACCACCACUAAUUCUCGUCCUCCUCCUCCUCUGCUCCGCCUCCGCCACCGCCUCCGCAGCCGGCAAAUCCACCACCACACCCGCCGCCGCCGCUCCAGCUACCACCCCAACCUCUUCCCCGGUCACCGUCCCUCCUCCCAAGACCAUCCCAUCUCCUUCCACUUCAACUCACUCCACACUCGACCCAAAGCAGCUCCGAGCCCUGCAGUCGCUCAGCAUUCCCACGGCCAAAGACCCCUGCGCCCAGCCUUCCCCUCACAACGCCACACUCUGCGACGCCGCCUCCCCAUUCCGCCACGUCGUCUCCCUCCACCUCUCCAACUGCUCCGACGACGUUUCCCUCUCCUUCACCGCCCUCAAGUCCCUCUCCACCCUCCACACUCUCUCCUUCACCGACUGCCCCAUUACCCCUAUCCGCUUCCCUUCAGAUCUCGCCCUCGCCCUCCGCUCUUUCUCUUGUGCGCAUUCUCUCAAACGCCUCACGGGCGUCUGGCUCUCCCACUUCGCCAACCUCACCGACCUCACCGUAACCGAUGUCCCCGUCACCGCCAGCGGGCUCUACGUCGUCAUCGGGAAUAUGCGCGAGCUCCGGUCGCUCACCAUCACGAAUGCGAAUCUCACGGGCUCGAUUCCGAAGCAUUUGGUGGAGAAUCUCACCCAUGUGGAUCUUUCGGGUAACAGGCUUAAGGGUAGGAUACCCAGUUCAAUUGCAAUCCUCGAGAAUCUAGAAAGCCUCAAUCUCUCCUCCAAUUCGCUCGCCGGGGAGCUGCCGGCGAACUUCGGGGACUUGAUUUCGCUGAAGAAUGUGUCGCUGGCGUCCAAUUCGUUGUCCGGGUCCAUCCCGGAUUCCAUUUCGGCUAUUCCAGGUUUGGAGCAUCUCGAUCUGAGUUCGAACCAGUUCAAUGGCACAAUCCCCAAGUUCUUGACCGACAUGAAGCAUCUCAAGCACUUGAAUCUCGCCAACAACGGCUUCCACGGCAUUUUGCCGUUCAAUGCCUCGUUUCUCAAGAGAUUGGAGGUCUUCAAAAUCAGGGGUAACGACAAUUUGUGCUACAACCGUACGAGCUUGCCGUCCAAGUUGAAGCUAGGGAUUGCUCAGUGCGACAAGCACGGAUUGCCCAUGUCCCCGCCGCCGUCGAAGGAUCUGACUUCAGGGGGUGACGACGACUCGUCGGAUUACGACGAUGGAGACGACGACGGAUCGAGUAGCAAGAAAGAGAGUCAUCAUGGGCCGAAUAAGGUUGUACUAGGCCUUGCGAUUGCCCUCUCUUCCAUUGUUUUCCUCAUUGUUUUCCUUAUUCUUCUGUCCAAGAGAUGCACCUGA